CACCAGUCGUGGGAGCACGGGGAGUCCGUGAGCCGCAGAUAUUGAACGUACUCCACUUCGGACAUUUCCAUCCUGACCUCCACAUGCGGGCAUUGAAUCAACAGUCUGUUGUUGACUUCUUGACAACAACAAUCCCUACGAAGGUCAUUCGAACACCACACACUACGGUGUAGGCACCCGGAGAUCGACCCUCUGCUGGAUUGUCAUCAUGAGAUGCGCCUCGUCGUCAUCUGCACAUGUGCCCAGUGACACACCGGGAACGGAAACAUAACACCUCUGACCUCAAGUCUCCAGCGAAUAUGGCCACGUUGUAUCCGAAGGGCAAGCGCGCUGCAACCCAAAGAGGUGCAUUUGUCGAUCGAGUAUGGCGAUGCGACUGCGAUCCCCGCCUUCCUGCAGAGAAAUUCAAAGUCAAGAAUGGGGGAAAGAAUCAUGGUAGAUGGUUCUAUACCUGUCAAAAGCCUCAACACAAGCGAUGCGGGUUCUUCCUCUGGUCCGACGACGCAAAGGUCCGCGAAGAGGCUGCAGUACUGAACAACUCUCGAACCGAGCCACAAGUGCAACCAAACAACAUGCCUCAGACACCUCGAAAACCCCACCCAAAUAGCCUUCCACCGACGCCUGUAACGAAUCAUAAGUCUGGACAAGCCCACAAAACACCCACUAAACCCAAGACCCCAAUUCAGUCAGAAGACGAUGACAGCUUUGACUGGUCUUCCAGCAAUGAUCAAGACCUUUUGAAUGCCGAACGAGAAGUUCUCCUCGAACAACCUGUUUUCGAAACACCUCGCAAAGCAGCACGCACGCAGACCUUGACCUCACCUGGCAAGCGCAGACGUAGCGAGGUGUCUCCAGUUUUAUCAACGCAAGAUGGAUGGCCCCUCAGUGAUGAUGUCUUCGCCACACCAACCACCUCAUACAAGUCUUCGACCACUGGACUUCUCUCUCCAACAAACACACCUGCCAAAUUGGCAUCCCAACCAGACCGCCCUCAGCCGGAACCAGAGCCUUCAGUCUUGGCAACAGAAGCCCUGAGUAUAUUGCAAGGGAGUAACUUAAGUGCACAAGUGGAGAAAGACCUGGUGGAAUUGCUCAAUAGACACCACUUACGGACUCAAGGCAUCAUCAAAGGUCGUGAUAUUACUCGCGUAGCAGUCGCGGCCAAAGAUGCCAGGAUUGCAGAACUACAGGCUCGCAUUGCUACCCUCGAAGCAGAACGAGAGACAAACCGUACCGUGAUAUCACUUUUGAAACACGACAUGGCCACAUCGCCCAAAAGACCACGGAAUCCGACCCCAUCUCGUCGAUCAGUCGUGUGAUGAGAUCGAUUGUGUUAUCACACUAUUUGAAUCUUGUUCCUGAACUCGUGGCGGGGGUACCUGGGAAAUGCACCCUUGGAUUGGAGACAGCGAGCUGGAGAAUUGAUGCCAUAGCCUUUAGAGACAGUGUUGAAUACCCAUGUUGAAC